CCCCCACUUGUAUUUUUUUUUGUUUUUUUUGUUUUUUUUUGGGGGGGGCACUUUCCAUGGUGCCGCAGAGCCCCAGCUGGAGGAGCCGGGGAUGGGGGGGCUGCCUCCCUCCUCGCCCCCCUCCCCAUCCCGUGCCGCCGUCACGGGCUCCAUCUUCACCCAGGAACCCCCUUUUAGCCCCCCCCCACCCCACGGAGGGGCAGAGCACUGCCCCCCCCCCAUUACAUUCCACAGGACCAUAGUGUUAUUUUUUUUGUGUGUGUGUGCGGGGGGGUCCUGUCCCCCCCCAGACCCACUGUGCCGUCCCUCCGAGACAUCCUGGGCCCCCCCAGGGUGCCUCUGGCGUUGGCAGCCCCGGGCAAUGGAUGCUGCGGGCGCUAUUUUUGGGGGGAGCCAGAUGGGAGCUUCGAAUGCAGCGGCUCGGGGGACGGGAAAUCUGCUCCUGGUUUUGCCACCCUCCUCUGGCAUGACCUUGGGAGGUGAACUUCAUCCCUCGCCUCCCCGGCGGCGGCGGCGCAGCGGGAAUAAAAAUCCUUCUCCCGGCUCUCCGGGGAGGCCAGCGGGUCCCUGGGAAGUCACCGCGCGGCUGCUCCCAGUGCCGGGGGAACGGGGGAUCCCCAUCGUCCUCCGAGGUUUUAUUUGGGGUCAGGACGGGUUUUUGACCCCCAAGCCCCAUGGGGGUGGAAGUGAUGGGAGGUGAAGUGAUGCAACCAAGGUCGUGCGAGCUGUCGGUGGCGGAGGUGGGCGCAGGGCUCGGGGCUGCCCCGCACCUUCCCGGGGGCGUUUUAGGGCAAUAGUGGCCGGAAAGGGUAAAAGCACAACGCAGCCAGCAGAAAAAUCUUCAUUUUCAACGGCGCAAAGAGGAUUUUGCGAAUAAUGGAGUUAAACCCCCAAGCUGGCAGGAAGCUCUGCUCGACUGAUUUGGGGUCUUUCCCCUGCGAGGUUGUGCUUGGGCUGGGGUCCCGCAGUGCGCGGUGCCAGCACCGGGCUCCCUUUGGUGCCCCGUCCCACGCAGGUGUCUGCACGCCAAAACGCAGCCCCGGGGCGAGGGGCUGCAGGCUGGGACGUGCCGGGGGCUCCGUUUCAGCCACGCAGACCCCUCCCCACGCUCGCUCCUGCCAUGGUGCCUGUGGGCACGCAGCCAAGCUCGGCUCAGCCCCGCUCGCUUCGCUCAAAGUGGCUCUCGCUGGCUCCAGGCAGCCCCUGCGUCUUUCCGCUCGCCUUGGCAGGGCUCCCCUUGGGCUCGUCGAUGCCUUUUCCCGGACUCGUCUUCAAGAUUUGGCCGGCCCAAGCCCUGGCAUGGGUUUUUCCAGGAACGAGCUUGACUCAAGCCAUGGAUGAGUAACCAGGAGCACCGGGAAGCUGCUCCAAAGCCCUCCCAGCAGAAGCAGCCUCUGUCCUGAAGCCUUCGCCGUCUUCCAGUUACGGCUGACGCCAGCUUUCCCUCAGAGCCCCAAUCUCCAGGAAUUUACAGCUGGCUGUAAAACCUCGCUCCCUGCUGCUGCCAGCCCGGCAGGGCUUGGACCGGGGACCGAGGAGCUGCUCCUGUAACGGGACAGCAGCGUUUUGCAGUCCUGCGCCAGGAGCCGGGGUCCUCGUGCUGUGCCACGCUGGGGUCUGGGGCCUGAUUUUGGGGUGAAAUCAGCUCAGCAACCUGGGAACGCAAAGGGAUGUGCCGGUGGCUGGAGCCCUGUGCGCCCAGGGGCCGUUUCACCACGACCGAGCGAUGCCAGCGGGCUGGCCCGGAGUCCCUGCGGCGCCAAAAUUAUGGGGCAGAAAUCAGAUUUGCAUCCUGUCGCUGCUUAGUGGACAGAUUUUGAUUAGGGCACGUGUUUUUAAGCACAGCCGAAGGAAUUAGAGGCUCAUCUCCUGGGGCUCCGGGUCCCGUAAGCCUCUUUGCCCGGCCAGGUUGCGUUAAGGAGCCGCGUUCAGGUCCGGCAGCGAGAUGCUGCGGGGCUGAGCCUCUGGGGUUCAAAGAGAAAACCCCAACGGCCGUGCUGUGCAAACCAAAGAGGUUUCAGGGGCCGGAUUUCCCCUUUGCAAAGGCCGGCGGGCGCACUGCGAUCACCCACGAUUGAACAGCGGGUCAGCCCCGCACUGACACGUCUCAGGGGCCAUGAACUUCAAGAAAGGGUCAAGAAAGGGGAAAAAGGCGCGCUGGGUCCUGCCCCGGCCACGUUGGGGUGCGAGUGUGAAAGGCCCAGCUGGGGGGGGAUCGGUGUUACCGCGGUUUUGGGGCUCGCCCACCUGUGGCAGGGCCUUUCCCCCGCCAGGGAGCUUGGAAAGUCCCGAGCCUGGGGCAGGAAUGGGCGUCCAGAGGAAUUAAUCUGGGGUGAUGACAGCGAGUAAUUAGCGAGCUGGAACCGUGUCCAAAAUGUCUUCUGUCCGGACCGGCCCUAAUUAAGCUCUGAGGGUUCCUCACCUGUGGCAAGUUUGUUCAAACUUAGAUUUCUGCCCACUUGGGAUCCGAGUGGCCACGUUUCUGACUCAUCAACGCUUGUAAUUAACAUGGCAAUUAUAUUCACAGUGAGACUCAGAGCAUCUUAAAUUAUCCUCUCCUUUUUUCCCCCCCUCCUUUUUUUUUUUUUUAAAUAUUAUUAUUAUUUUGUGCAUUUCAUUUCCUUGUCGCCAUCUGUUGCGAAAUGGCUGUCUUCUUGCUGCGUGCACUUAACACCACCAUCUGGACAAAUUAUUUGUCCCAUUAAUUGCGAAAAAUGUGUGAAGAAGGAAAAUGAAAUGGUAGUGCCGACCUGCAGAAGGGCUGCUGGAGGAGAAGCAGCCCGCUCCCAAACCCAAAGCGCCGCCAAAGCGCGCCGAGCCUGACAUGAUGAAAUGUCUGUUUAAUCGUCUAGCGCACUAAUUGGUCUCUUUGCACAGCACCGAGGAAAAAAAAAAAAAUAUCUCUCUCUCCUCUUCUCUCUGCGUUAUUUGAGUCUUCCCCCGCGGGGCAAGCCUGAGCGGAUCGAAGCCCCUCGCGGCGAUCGAGGCGGUGGCUGGCGCGGGCGCGAUGCCCUCCGCAGCCUCUCGCUGCUCCGGCCGUGCUGGGAGAAACCCAGGGGCUGGAGAGGGUCCCGGCAUCGCCUCCCCUCGUGGGGCUGGGGGCUUGGAUGGGUGGAAACGAGCCCUGGUGCUUGCGGGGGGGUCCCUGCGUCGCGACCCCCCAAGUCCCCGAGGGAGGCGAAUUCGUGUCUUAGCUUUUAGCUGCUGCGCGUGCUGGGGACGGUGCUGGGGACACUUCGCUUCUUGGGCUCGGGGCUCCUUGUCCCAGGGCUCAGCCCCCCCCUCCCCUCCAGCCCUGCUUUCUCUCUCCCCACAGCACUGCGUGAACCCGAGGACCGGCCCCGAGCCCCUCCAGGAGCCUGACUGCACCCCGAGCAAACCCAUGAGGAAGGUGUGAGCCGCCUCCCCCUGCCCUCUCCCGCCUCCCCGGGGACACCAUGGACCCCGAAGCCGUGCAGACCCAGGAGGCCCCGCUGACGGUCAACGAGCAGGUCAUUGUCAUGUCCAGCCACGAGACGAUCCGCGUGCUGGAGGUCGGCGUGGACGCCCCGCCACCGGCCGAGGAGGACAGGAAACCUUCGGAGAUGCCACCCGGGGAGGGCGCACGGGGCUCCCCGCGAGGGAGCGGCGACCCGGGCAGAGAGGAGGUGCCGCCCAGCACCGAGACCUCGAGCAGCACGGAGGCGGCCGGCAAAACCAAGCCGGCAGCCGGAGCAUCCCCCAGCAGCGGCCCCCCCAGCGGCACCUUCGGCCACGCCGCCAGCCAGCAGCCGCAGCCCUUGGCCCCGCUGGCUGCCCCGCAGGUCUUGACUCAGGAAAACUUAGCAACAGUUGUGACAGGAGUAAUGGUUCCAGCAGGGACAGUUACUCAACCUCUUCUUAUCCCCAUCAGUAUUGCAGGUCAAGUGGCAGGUCAGCAGGGGCUGGCUGUGUGGACAUUUCCUACAGCAACGGUCGCUGCCCUUCCCGGACUGACGGCUGCUUCUCCUACAGGGGGAAUUUUCAAACCACCUAUAGCCAAUCUGCAAGAUCAGCGCCGCCUCCCUGGGGGGGCAAACACAGCUCCUCAGCUCCCUGGCGGCCGCCCCCGUGAUCGCCAACACCAUCUCCAGCGUGCCGGGCAUCACGGGGCAGAUCCUCACCAACGCCCAGGGCCAGGUGAUCGGGACCCUGCCGUGGGUGGUGAACCCCCCCGGCAUCGCGGCCGCCAGCCCGGUGCCGGCCCCGAGCCUGCAGGAGCAGGCGGUGACGCCGCAGCUGCUGCUCAAUGCCCAGGGCCAGGUGAUCGCCACGCUGGCCAGCGGCACCAUCCAAGCGGCCGCCAUCAAGAAAAGCGGCCCCCCCGAGCCCCCCACCAAGAGCGAGGUGCAGCCCAUCCAGCCGGCCCCAGCUCUCCCGCAGCCGGCCGUGGUCAUCGCCAACCCUGCGCCGGCGGCGAAGGCGGCCUCGGCACCCGUCCCCAUCACCUGCUCCGAGACGCCCACCGUCAGCCAGCUGGUGGCCAAGCCCCAGGCCCCCAACAGCGGCGUGGAGGAGGACGGCAUCAACCUGGAGGAGAUCCGGGAGUUCGCCAAGAACUUCAAGAUCCGGCGCCUGUCCCUCGGCCUGACGCAGACCCAGGUGGGCCAGGCCCUGACGGCCACCGAGGGCCCUGCCUACAGCCAGUCGGCCAUCUGCAGGUUCGAGAAGCUGGACAUCACCCCCAAGAGCGCCCAGAAGCUGAAGCCGGUGCUGGAGAAGUGGCUGAGCGAGGCCGAGCUGCGCAACCAGGAGGGGCAGCAGAACCUGAUGGAGUUCGUGGGGGGGGAGCCCUCCAAGAAGCGCAAGCGCCGCACGUCCUUCACGCCGCAGGCCAUCGAGGCGCUCAACGCCCACUUCGAGAAGAACGCGCUGCCCACCGGCCAGGAGAUCACCGAGAUCGCCAAGGAGCUCAACUACGACCGCGAAGUCGUCCGCGUGUGGUUCUGCAACCGCCGACAGACGCUCAAAAACACCAGCAAACUCAACGUCUUUCAGAUCCCCUAAGGGAAGGGGGCCAAGGGGGGGCCCCCCAUGCCCGGGUGCCCUCCCCGAGCCCGGGCGCCCUCCCCGAGCCCCCCUAUCCCCCCUCCCCGCCCCCAGCCUCCUGCCAUCAGCACUUUGUGACCGACUUUCCCCGGCCCCCGCCCCCUCUGCCCGGCUCCGGCGGGGGGCUCGGGACCCCCCCAGACCCCGCGCCUUGGUGUCCGUGCCCCCCUCCCGCCCCACACGUGGCCCAACCGUGUUCGCCUCCCGUGUGCCUCGUGGCCCCGUUCUGUGCGUGGUGCCGGACCCCCGCCUGCACUCACCGUGUCCCUGGGUGAGGGGGGGGCCGCCCUCCCCGCCUUUCCAUGUCAGGUCUCCCCCCCCCUCCAGGAGUGAUUUUUCAUUUUUUUGGGGCCGUUUUCUCCCUUCUCCGCGCCUUCUCUAUGUUUCCGAGGCCCGGUAGCGGUGAGCCCCGGUUGAGUUUCACCCCCUUUUUAUUUCAUCGCCCCCCCCCCCCGGUUCCCAGCCCUCUCCCCUCGGAGCAAACAGAGCCGCGGGAACCCGAAAACGAAGGCGUCGAGCCCCCGAGGAGCUGCUGGACCUCCAGAAGGGUGGCCCCGUGCCCGUGCCCCCCCUGUCCCCGUGGGGACAUUGCACUAUGGGGGGGGGACCGCGCGGGGUUAGCGGGGGGCAGAGCGAGCCGGGAGGAGGAUUUGGGGGUCCCGCAGCGGGGGGAGCGCCCCCUCCGAGCCCCCCGCCCUGAGCCUGGGGACAGACAGACGGAUGGGGAGCGCGGUGGGGGGGGGGGGGGGCAGGCCCCGCCGGGGUCACGGCAGCCUGAUGCACUUGAUGUAGUGGUGUGAAAUAAACAGUAUUUUUCUUUUU